UUGGCAGGAAAUUCUGACGGCAAAACCUGAAAAGUGUUCGCGAGUGGGGAGAAAAUCGUGCCAUUUGUGCACCACGUUUGAUUGUGGGCGCGUGGAGAAAGUGGGAGUCGAAAAUGUGAUACACACAGAGUGUGUGUGUGUGUGUGUGUGUGUAGCAGAUGUACGUAUAUGCGACAUGGGAGUGGAUCGUGGUCGAUGAAUUUUCUCAGCAAAUGGCAAAAAAUCUCAGCAUAUAAAAAGCAAACCCCAAAGUUGAAUUAGGGUUCGUUCUGCUCUGCGGAAAUUGGAAAAAACCCCCAUCACCUUUCCUGUACAAUUUAAUACGAGACUGUGCCACAAGGCACGAAUUAAACGAUUCUGAAGAGGCUUGUGUAUUUUUCAAGAAUGGGGGAUCAUUUCGUAAUAAUCGUGGAUCGGCUCAUUACUGAAUCAACCCUAGAAACCGCUAUCCAGAAUAAAAACCGGUUGCAAGAAAAUGCGGAUGCCUCACCCUCUGUUUGUGAACACGUGGCAACUAAUUUUUCCUCAGAUGGGAUAAAUUUCAAUGUAAACUUGGCACCGCAAAAACUGGGAGAAUGUAGAAUUUGUCACGACGAAGAUGAAGAAUCGAACAUGGAGGCUCCCUGUUUUUGUCGUGGCACUUUAAAGUAUGCUCAUCGUAAGUGCGUGCAAAGAUGGUGCAAUGAGAAAGGUGAUAUUAUGUGUGAGAUUUGCCAUCAGCUUUUCAAGCCAAGUUAUACAGCACCGCCUCCUCUUUUUCAUUAUGGUGGGAUUCCGAUGAAUUUCAGGGGAAAUUGGGAGAUAUCUAGAAGAGAUUUGUAUUAUCCUCAAAUUGCAUCAACGGACUCUACUAACGGGAAUUUUCGGGAUCCGAACUUUGUCCACUAUCCAUUACUCACUUCAAAAAGCUUGAUAUGCUGUCGAAUAAUUGCCAUGAUUUUUUUUAUUCUUCUACUAUUACAUCAUACCCUACCGUUCUUGAUGUACGGGGCUGGUGAAUACUCCGUUUCCUUGGUUAUAUUACUGAUAUUGCGAACAAUCGGAAUCCUUCUGUCGGUCUAUAUCAUGGUUUUAGCAUUAAAAGCUAUACAGAGCAAUAGGCGAAGCCGACAGGAUUUUUCCGUUUCCUCGCCUGCUACAUCCGGAGGAGAGAACGAAUUGCGAGGAGCACACGCAAUUCAAGUUCUGUAAUCGUAAUUUUCCAGCCCAUUGUGCAAUGCCAUGUUUAACACAUGGGGAAAAAUAGUUGUGCUAACUGCCAAAGUAGUUUGAUUUAUUCUGUAUGCUACAUUUGUAAAUAGUAAAUAUAGGAGUAUAUCCAACUCAAAUCAUCAUAUUGCCCCUUGUAAAUAUAGAAUCAUUUUUUUUACUU